AUGUUUGAGAGAAAAUAUGAGUCACUUGGUUUUUCCUGGAGGAGAUUUAUCCCUAGAGAAAGCAGGCAGCUUCCUGCACAUGCAAACCAGGUCUCCAACAUGGUGGUGGUAACAGCUGUCGAGUUGAAGGAAUACUUUGAUCGAAAGGCCAACGCCUUCCAGAGCCGAGGAGAGCUAAUGGCUGUCCUACGCCAUUUUGAACAAACCUCGCAUACGAGCAAAGGCGCAUCGUGCAUGCUCAAGGCAAUCAUCGAUGCCGCCACUGGUAAUUUCUUUACAAUAAUUUGGUCUAAGUUAAUGUGGCUUGCAUCCAGUGUCAGACGCAAUCCAGCACUGAGGCCCAUCAACAUGGACCCAGCACCACUUGGCAAACCAACAGAGGAUACAGCACCCACCGUGCAGCCAGCGAAAACACCAGCGCCCUCUGCAACAAGGCCACCACUGCGUCCCAUUCGACCACGGCCACCAAGACCACAUGUUGACACCCAGAUGUGCUGGAUUAGGCCGUCAAGGGCGAGGAUUCUUGAAUUUAUGUAUAACUUGAUGUAUAGUGUGUCAUUCUUCAGUACUUUGUGA